AUGGGCUCCAACCAGUGCCCCUACAGCCGCCAGAACGCCAACAUUGGCGGCGGCGGCCAGCGCAACAAGGACUGGUGGCCGGACGACCUCAAGCUCAACAUCCUCCGCCAGCACACCUCCGUCACCAACCCCUACGACAAAGACUUCGACUAUGCCGCAGCCUUCAACAGUCUCGACUACUACGGCCUCAAGCGCGAUCUUGAAGCCUUGAUGACCGACUCCCAGGACUGGUGGCCGGCCGACUUUGGUCACUACGGCGGACUUUUUAUCCGCAUGGCCUGGCACAGCGCCGGAACCUACCGCGUUUUCGACGGCCGCGGCGGUGGUGGCCAGGGCCAGCAACGCUUCGCUCCCCUCAACAGCUGGCCUGAUAACGUGAGUCUGGACAAGGCUCGUCGCCUGCUGUGGCCCAUCAAGCAGAAAUACGGCAGCAAGAUCUCCUGGGCCGAUCUCCUCAUCCUCACCGGCAAUGUCGCCCUCGAGUCGAUGGGCUUCAAGACGUUUGGUUUCGCUGGUGGACGCUCUGAUACCUGGGAAGCGGACGAGUCGGUCUUCUGGGGAGGCGAGAAGGAAUGGCUGGGCAACGACAUCCGCUACUUGAGCGGCGAGCUUGAUAACCCUCUUGCGGCAUCGCACAUGGGUCUGAUCUACGUCAACCCCGAAGGCCCUAACGGAAACCCCGACCCCGUCCUCGCUGCCAAAGAUAUCCGCAUCACUUUCGGUCGAAUGGCGAUGAACGAUGAGGAGACGGUUGCCCUCAUCGCUGGUGGACACUCAUUUGGAAAGACACACGGCGCGGGCCCUGCCACCAACGUGGGCAAGGAACCUCACGGCUCUGGAAUUGAGCUUCAAGGCCUGGGCUGGAAGAGCGGCUUCGAGUCCGGUACCGGCCGUCAUGCGAUUACCAGUGGUCUGGAGGUCAUCUGGACCAAGACCCCUACUAAGUUUAGCAACCAGUUCUUCGAGUACCUGUUCAAGUACGACUGGGAGCUCACCAAGAGCCCUGCUGGCGCGAACCAGUAUAUCGCGAAAGAUGUCGAGCCUUUUAUCCCCGAUGCGUUCGAUCCGAACGUCAAGCACAAGCCUCGCAUGCUGACGACUGAUCUUUCGCUUCGAUACGACCCAGAGUACGAGAAGAUCUCUCGUCGCUUCCUCGAGAAUCCGGACCAGUUUGCCGACGCUUUUGCACGCGCCUGGUUCAAGCUCACCCACCGCGAUGUCGGUCCUCGCGUCCUCUACCAAGGACCCGAGGUGCCGUCUGAAGUCCUCAUCUGGCAGGACCCAGUUCCCACCCUCGACCACCCCGUCGUUGACAAUGACGACAUUGCCUCCUUGAAGAAGGCCAUCCUUGCCAGCGGCAUUGACCACACCGAUCUCAUCUCCACAGCGUGGGCGUCGGCGGCGUCAUUCCGUGGCAGCGACAAGCGCGGUGGUGCCAACGGCGCUCGCAUCCGCCUGUACCCACAGAAGGACUGGGAAGUCAACAAGCAACCGUGGUUGGACAGCACUUUGAAGGCGUUGGAGAAGAUCCAGAAGCAGUUCAACGACGCCCAGUCGACCGACAAGCGCGUAUCAAUCGCCGAUUUGAUUGUGCUGGCUGGAGCUGCUGGCUUGGAGAAAGCGGCUCGCGAUGCUGGCCAUGACAUUUCCGUCGCUUUCACCCCCGGCCGCACCGACGCGUCUCAAGAGCAGACAGAUGUCGACUCGUUCAAGAACCUGGAGCCCAUCGCCGACGGGUUCCGCAACUUCGGCCGCGGCACCCCCCGCGUCCGCACCGAGGACUUCCUCAUCGACAAGGCGCAACUGCUCACCCUAUCUGCCCCCGAGCUCACCGUCCUCAUCGGCGGUCUCCGCGUGCUAAACAACAACUACGACCGCUCCAACCUCGGCGUCUUCACCAAGCGUCCCGGCCAACUCACCAACGACUUUUUCGUCAACCUGCUCGAUAUGGCUGUGCAGUGGAAGCCAGCAGACGAGAGCAACGAGAUCUUCAUCGGCGCCGACCGCAAGUCGGGUCAGGAGAAGUGGAAGGCUUCCCGCGCCGACCUAGUCUUUGGCUCCCAUGCGGAAUUGCGUGCGUUGACUGAGGUUUACGGUAGCUCAGAUGGAGAGGCCAAGUUUGUCAAGGACUUUGUUGCGGCGUGGGAGAAGGUGUCGAAUCUCGAUCGGUUUGAUCUCAGGAGUAAGGGUGUUGCGCAGCGCGUUGAGUCUCGUCUGUAG